UUCAUAGGUGGGAGUUGGUGUGGUCUUUCUUGUCACGGAGAAAAGGUGCUCAACAAUUUUGGCACCAUUUUCAAUCCACACCAUCAAUUCUUGGAGCAGUUGGGAUGUUCCUUUGUCUCUUUAUUAACUUUUUCUUUGACUUUCCCUCUCCAAGCCCCACAUCUCAAUAGUUUUUGUCAUUUCCCAUUAUACUCUUUGUUGUUGUGUGUGUUUAUUUGAGGUCUUGAGUCAAGGCUUUGCCAACAAGAAACCAACCAGAACAACAUCAAUCUUUGCUAACUAACACCCAUGUUUUUCCCUUAAUCCUUUGCAGGCUGCAAAGAGUUCCCAUAAUCCCAUGCUGUCUAGAGAGCUUUCAUGCAACAACCACCUUUCCAGCAUGUUGCAUGUGCUGAGGAGGAGAUUUCGUCGACUUUUCUCGAGGCUCCGGUUGGUAAUGUGGAGGCGCACGGGGCCUAGAGUCAUCAUCAGGAGAUUUGGGAAGCUGAAUCCAAGAAGAACAUCAAGAUCCUCAACCCAUUCAAAGCCUGCAGUGCCAAAAUCCUCGGCUCUUUCAACCGCCUUUGCUAGGCCUAUUCGCCUUGCAACGUUCAAUGCUGCAUUGUUUACCCUCGCCCCCGCUGUCCCAAAGACCGAGAAGUCAUCCAUUUUUGCUCACGACACCGAGGACUGCUUCAAGAUAGAGCCUGCAAAUAGUCACCCCAAGAGCAUACUAAAAAGAUCCCCUCUUCACCCCAUCCUAAACGAUACUGAUGAUGAUGAGGAGUUUGAUUUCCCUAAACUCACAAAACCGAAGCCAAGAGUCUCCAUAAACCUCCCCGAGAACGAGAUAUCAUUGGCACACAACAAGGUGUUCAGCAUGGUGCCUGUCAGGUCUCCUAUAUGCUUCCCUGCCAUGGCUAGUUGGCUAAACCUCGACGACGGGGGCCUGAGUGGGAGCAGAACCAUUCUUGAUGUCCUCAAGGAAGUGGAUGCUGAUGUCUUGGCGUUACAAGAUGUCAAGGCUGAAGAAGAGAAAGAUAUGAAGCCCUUAUCCGACCUGGCUCGAGCCCUCGGGAUGAAUUACGUGUUUGCUGAGAGCUGGGCUCCUGAGUAUGGGAAUGCAAUUUUGUCCAAAUGGCCAAUCAAGAAAUGGAGAGUUCAGAAAAUCUGUGAUGAUAAAGAUUUCAGAAAUGUGCUCAAGGCAACAAUUGAUGUCCCAAAAGCAGGAGAGCUGAAUUUCUACAGCACUCAACUGGAUCAUCUUGAUGAAAACUGGAGAAUGAAGCAGAUAAACGCGAUGAUCCAAUCGAACGAUCACCCCCAUAUUUUAGCAGGAGGACUCAACUCUCUUGAUGGCUCAGAUUACUCAGCAGAGAGAUGGACAGAUGUUGUAAAGUACUAUGAGGAAAUAGGGAAGCCAACACCAAAGCUUGAAGUGAUGAACUUCUUGAAGGGGAAAGAGUAUGCUGAUGCAAAGCAUUUUGCAGGGGAAUGUGAGCCAGCAGUCAUCAUUGCCAAGGGUCAAAAUGUGCAGGGGACUUGCAAGUAUGGGACUCGAGUUGAUUACAUCCUGGGAUCACAAGGACUGCCCUACAUGUUUGUCCCAGGAUCAUACUCUGUGGUUUCAUCAAAGGGCACUUCUGAUCACCACAUAGUUAAGGUUGAUAUAAUGAAACUACCAAACAGUGGUGAAAAAAACAACAGAAAACACAAGAAAUUGCAGCAGAGAGUUGAAAAGAUAACCACUUCUUGUUCUCCUAAAGGAUAUUGGGAACUAAGCAUUUAGAUUAUCUCUAUGUUCUUUCCAGAUUUUUAUGUUUCAAUAUAAAGCAUAGGUUAUAUGAGUGGUUGAUCUUUUUUUUUUU